GCCAGAUGCCUGCUUUCGCGUAUUGCUCAGAGGAGUUCGAGUGCAGAGCGGUCUCCCCGUCAGUGCGAUAGGGACAGAGGUAGAACAGCACUGAGGGGUUCGGGCUCUGCGCUCUUCGUCAGCGCAGAGUACACGGACGGAAUUUGAGCUGGAGAAACAGGCGGCAGAAAGUCGGGGAGAGCCGAGGACUCACAACCGCGCGGAAAGAGGACCUCGGCCGGAAAAGUGGAACGAAAUAUUAAAACUGACUUGUGAGCAAUGCACUGGCAGCAUGGCCAAAUGGUUCAAGGAACACCUGGGAUUCAAAACCACCAAGGCGCCACCACCGGCUCCCCCAAAACCGGACUACAGACACUGUCACCCCACUGUGCCCGGAACGCCAGGGUACCAUCAGCAAAGCUCUGGGGCGACUUCACACUACCCAAGCCCAGCUCAACCGGACAUUCUAGCUGCCUACAAACUACAGAAGGAAUUGGACUUCGAGGACCCUUACACGGGAGGCGGAAACAUUUCAUUCUCAACAGGCAUGAGUUCUGUGGGGUCGCCGGACAUAAAAUACGUAUCCCCGAAGCACCGGCUUAUUAAGGUGGACACGAUCGAGAAAGGCAACCCUACGACUGGCACGAACAUUAUAUCACCGCCAGCUGUUUCUGCGGGGAACGUGAAAUCUCCCUCUUCACCUCCCGUAGAACAGGACAACAAGCAAGAAAAGCUUGUCAUCCUUGAGGACUAUGCAGACCCCUUCGAUGCCGAGCAGGCUGGCGGAACCCAGGGUUCCACAGAGAAGGCCACGGAGAACGAUGGUUACAUGGAACCCUACGAGGCCCAGAAGAUGAUGGCAGAGAAAGAAAUGCAGCAGCAGCAACAACAGAAAAAAAAGUGAGGCAUUUAAAAGUAUCUUCACUGCAGCCAGAGCCCCAACCAUAUCUAGGACGAGAAAGAAGGAACUGGACACAGCCUUUUUUUAAAUGAUCUACAUGGACUAUGAACCCCUGAGUAAAGGAGAACGAGAAGGGAUGCGACACUUUGCCAGCGUGGCCCAGCCAGGCUACACACCCUCCUGCUACAACACUGUGCGGGACACCCUCAUGCCGCAUGCUCUUGAGGAGAUGGAAGCAAAGCUGCGAGACCUAUAGGCUACAUUUCUGAUGGGCUAAUUGUGGCCGCAUAGCUAUGGUUAUGGUUUCUUAGCCAUAGGCGCUUUUAUCCGGUUUUUGUUCGUUUAAAACUUGGAUGCUUAGCCUGUAUUCUUUUGGCAAUU